UAAAAGCUUAUAGUCAACAGCUGUUACUAAUCACAUCUAGUUGUGACAAAUACCAAUUAUGAAUCAUCUUUCUCUAUUGUUAUUUAAAGUGACAAAUAAUGACAAUUUCCGAUGAUGACGAUGAUUUGCAACAAUCACUACACUAACACUUGUAUUGGCUAUUAUCGAAUGUUGCAGGUCAAGAUAAGCAAACAAAUGCAAUUUUGAUAACCUAAUUAAUGACAUAUAGUGUUAAUUUAGAAGCCGUUAUAUAUUGAAGUUAAAAUAUGCAAUAAUGUCGGAAUCCGCAAUUAAUUCUCCGGAUGAAAUUAACACAGCAGAAAUCAAACGCAACAAAUGCGGGCCAGGACUCACGUUAGAACCACCUAUGCUAUUUUUGUUUUUUACUGUCAGUUUGACAGGUGAAGUGCUAGCAAAUGAAAUUUUCUACCGAACUUGCACAGUUUCAUUAGGCAUAAAUGAAACUGAAUGCAUUCCUUUACUGCAUCCAAAUAAUAAAAGUUCGACAAAUGAUUUGGAAGCAUUAAUUCAACCAAUAUCUGCAAAAAUUAUAAUGGCUCGAAGCUUAAUAGAUGCUUGUGUCCCUGCACUAAUGAGCCUAAUAUUAGGACCAUGGUCUGAUAUUUAUGGCAGGAAGCCAUUGAUAGUUUUUCCCUUCUUAGGGUAUAUGCUCAUGUAUGUGAUAACUGCAACGCUAGCUUCUCUUACAAAUAUAAGUCCUUGGUGGUAUGUUUUACCCAGCAUUCCUGUAGCCCUUUCAGGUGGGCAAUGCAGUCUUAUUACAGGGUCAUUUUGCUAUUUAACUGAUUCGAUUGAAAAAGAAAGUCGUGGAAUAAGAAUGGGAAUUCUAGAAGGUGCAAUAUUUGUAGGUUUGCUAAUAGGUUCAUUAUCUGCUCCAUUAAUUUAUAAUUCAUUUGGAUCUGUGAUAGUAUUUACAAUUGCUGCUAUGAGUGUUCUAAUAGGAUUGUUUUAUUGUUGUGCAUUAGUGCAAGAAACUGUGAUUAUAGACCCUAGUUUAACGAAAUCUCGCAUUCGGGGAUUAUUCGAUUUCUCAUUAGCUUCUGAUAUGAUUAAUGUUUGCUGUAAAUCACGCCUCUAUUGGGACAGAGCUAUUAUAUGGAUUCUAAUGAUAACAUUAGGCUUUUCUAUAUUAGUUUUGGAAGGAAAUGCAACUGUUAAUUAUAUGUUUGUGCGUGAAAAGCUUCACUGGACUAUUACAGAUUUUACCAGAUACAAUAGUGCCAGUAUUAUACUAUCUAUUAUAGGAACGUGUUUAGGUAUAUAUAUUUUGAGUAAAGUUUUGGGCUGUGGAGAUUUACUAUUAUCAAUACUUUCUCAAAUAUCAUCUGUAUCGGAAGCAGUGAUAAAAGCUGUAGCUUAUCAAGGAUGGCACAUGUACUUGGGUGCUGCACUGUCUAUGUUAAGAGGUUGCUUUGGACCCAUGGUUCGAACAUUUUUAUCUAAAAUAGUGCCAGCAUCUGAUAUUGGUAAAAUUUUUUCACUUGCUACUUCUAUAGAAUCAGUAACACCUCUUGCUGCUUCUCCAGUGUAUACAACUUUAUAUACAAAUACAUUUAAACAAUUUCCUGGUGCCUAUAAUGUACUCACUGCAUCAGUAUAUAUGUUAAAUAUUAUACUGUUAUUGAUUGUGCAAUAUUUGAUCAAAAUUAAGAGAUCAUAUGAGCAACUGAACACAAAUUCUUACCAUGAACAAACAUGACAUUUAAACCAUUAAUGUAAUAUAGAUAAAUUUAUUCUUAUCCAGAAUGCUAUCUAACA